UUGACCAAAUCUGAAUUACAUGAAAUGGUAAAGUUUACAAUUAUUGAUGAUUAUAUUGAUAAUUGUCUUAAUAAUUAUAUAGUAGACGAAGAAGUAAACAGAAAUAAUAAUACAUAUGAAGAAGAUCUAAGUUCAUUAUUACAGACUAAUUUAAUUUUAGAAGAUGUUACUAGUGUUGAAGAAAAUGUCAAUAUGAACUUUAAUUCUGAGAAUCUUGUUGAUUCUGUUUUAAAUGUCAAUUUUGAUUAA